GCCCAGCCUGCGAGAGGAGCCGAGGCCGCCCGCACUCGCAUCUCGCCGGCCCCUCCCCCGAUCGCCGUGGCCGCUGCGCUGCCGCUGCAGGAUAGCUAACAGCCAGGAGAAACGUAGUGGAAAAUGCAAAACAACGAAAUCAUAAAACCUGCCAAAUACUUCUCAGAAUUGGAAAAGAGCAUCCUGCUGGCUUUAGUAGAAAAGUACAAGUAUGUGCUGGAGUGUAAGAAAAGCGACGCGUGAACUAUUGCCCUCAAGCAGGCGCUCGCCCAUGAAUACAACUCGCAGCCCAGCGUGUCGCUGCGGGAUUUCAAACAGCUGAAGAAGUGCUGGGAGAACAUCAAGGCUCGGACCGAAAAGAUUAUGGCUCAUGAAAGGAGAGAGAAAGUGAAACGGAGCGUCAGCCCCCUUCUGAGUACCCACGUCCUGGGGAAGGAGAAGAUCGUCAACAUGCUGCCCGAGCAGCUGUACUUCCUGCAAAGCCCUCCCGAGGAGGAGCCCGAGUACCAUGCUGAUGCCGCCACCCAAGAAUCAUUUGCUGUUUCAAAUAGAGAACUGUGCGAUGAUGAGAAAGAGUUCAUACAUUUCCCAGUAUGUGAGGGGACCUCUCAACCUGAACCCUCGUGUUCAGCUGUCAGAAUAACAGCCAAUAAAAACUACAGGAGCAAAACCUCUCAGGAAGCUGCUUUAAAAAUGUUGCAUGAGGAAGAACACCAUCAACAAAUGUCCAUCUUACAACUGCAGCUGAUACAGAUGAAUGAGGUGCAUGUGGCCAAAAUCCAGCAGCUAGAGCGAGAGUGUGAGAUGGCAGAGGAGGAACACAGGAUAAAAAUGGAAGUUCUCAAUAAAAAGAAGAUGUAUUGGGAAAGAAAACUGCAAACUUUUACUAAGGAAUGGCCUGUUUCCUCAUUUAACCGGCCCUUUCCCAAUUCACCCUAA